AUGAAAACACUCCCAAAGUACGAGAGGGAUUUCAGGUAUUUUUCCUUUUACCUUGACACCAGCUAUCCUCUCAUUCCGCCUGUGGUACCUCAAAUUCGGAAUGAGCAACAUCAAGGAGACCCGACAUCACAGGAAUUGGGAUCCUCUGAAACGAGUACAGAAAAUGCUUCAAUCCCUUCGGAUCCUUCUGCUCAUUUGGAACUGGAAUUGGCAGAAAGAGAUAAUUUUCUCGAGACAUUGUACGGUCAUCUUCCUUUAAUUGAACAAAAUCCAACCAUAGAUCCGUCAAGAUUUAAAAUUUUAAUUUUCAAUGAAGUUCUUCAAUUGGCAAAAACUCAAAAAUUUGAAGAAUACACUGAAUAUGAAAAGAAUUUAGCAGAAGAAACAAAACUUGCUUCCAAUAAUUCUUCAAACAAAAAACCCUUAAAAGAGGUGGAGAGCGAAGAGGAAAUUAAGAAAAAAAUUGCCAACCUGAAAAAUGAUCGCAAACGUCUUCUAGCUCUCAUCUACCGAAGAAGCAUUAAUUUUCAUAUCGAGGAUUUCAUUAAAAAGAAGGCGGAAGAGGAAAAGAAAAAACAAAUCGAAUUACAAAAAAAGGAGGAAGAAAAACGAAAGGAGCGAGAAAAGGCAAACAAUGCCAAUAACAAGAAGAAUGCCACAGCGGCGUCAACAAACGCAACACAAUCCGAGAUUCCUCCUCCGACUGAAGAGCGACCCAACAGCCGAGACUCUUCCACUUCACAACAACCACAAGAAGCAAUACCUCUCACAAAAAAUUCACCCAUACUCUUCUUUUUAUUUAAAGAUUAUCCAACAACUAGUGACGAAGCAAAUCAGCUGGUGGAUGCUGGAGUCAAUUUCGAUUGUAUUGUUGUGUUAAAGAAGGAAAAAAAGAGAGGUCCUCCUCCAAUAUCUGAGGAAGAAUUAAAUCAAAAAUUGAACGACAAGAAAAAGAGACCAAAAAGCAAUGACACCAAACAGAGACCAAAAAGUGGAGGAAGUGGAGCAGCAAAAAGCAACAAUCAACCAAAGAAAACAGUUCCACCAGCAUCUUCGUCAACACCAAAUGUACCUCCAAUAUUCGAGCCUGAGAAAAGACUAUGCCAACUCGUAGAAAAACACCAGCAAGUAUUACAGGAAAAUAAUCGAGCUAAUCUCCUCAGGAAUAUUAUGUACAUACAUUAUUCUUUUGUACAAUAUGUUUACGAUGAUGACAAUUCGAAAUUUGAUCCAGGUGACAAUGUAGAGUGCGAGGUAGCAAGAUUUUUCUCCACACUCGUUCAAAAUGCCCAGCUCAUAAUGAAUCACUAUGACUCGUAUUUGGAAGACACUGGACAUCAAACAUCUACCUACGUCUCAGAUGACAAAAUUCAAGUUGAUUUGAGUUAUUAUAACAAACUACUCGAAAAAGUUCCCGAUAUUUGUUGCUCUGAAGCAGUGGUGCUACAUUGCUUAAUGGAACAACUUGUAAAGACGGUAGAAGAAAAGUUUGAACUUGUAUCGAAUGGUGACGACAAAAAGGUCACUACCCAGAUUACAGAGAGUUUAAACUCGCUGCUUUCCACUACUUUUAGUCCAUAUAAUUUUUUGCAAAAAGCAGAUAUUGCUGAGCAACAAACAGAGCCAAAGAACACUCUUCCAAAGAUUGGAAAUGUUAGCCUCAUACCGUUUGGGUCCAAAAUUUCUGAACACUCCUUGCAUACCAUUCCAAUUCAGCAAGAUGUAACCAAUGUGGAUGUUGAAAGGAAAAUUACACGAAUGCUUCAUUUAUUCCCUGAUUUGGAUGAUCCACACCAAGAUGCGCAACUUGAAUCUGAAGAAGAACGAAUCACUCACAAAACUGAAAUUUAUCAUUUCCUAUCAGGAAAAGAUGAAGACAUUCAUGGCCCAUACAAGUAUUCCAAAGAGGAAAUUGAUAAGGAGCUAGUAUUACAGCAAUUUGAGAAAAUGAUGGAAGAAAGAGGCCUUAAUUAUAACUUUACCGAUAGAAAUAUUCAAGAAGUUUUCUCUGUUGAUACGCUAAUUGAAUUAAUUUCAAAUAUUGGACUUUUCGAGAAGCCUCUUCUUGUCUCCAAGUACAAUCAACUCAACCAUUCUGUCCUGCUUGCAUUUUAUACUGAUGUUCCCGCAUGUAGAUAUGAAAGAAUUUCUCUUGUAAAACGAUUUUCCGUGAAGCCAUACUUCUUGGAGUGGUUUUCCAAAUAUCAAGAUUAUUUCAUGCAACAAUUUAAUAACAAGUAUGAACGACAACACAAAGAAACCUAUCAUAGAGCUGUCAAAAUGGCUCAAUUUGGACUGGAGGAUGAUGAGCAUAAAGAGACUCCUCGAGGUAACACCACAAUACUUGAGGAUGUUCCGGAGCAUAUUGUCACCCUUCCAUUGCCAGAAUUAGAAAAAUCAAAACGCGAAGAGUUACCAGACCCAAAACAUGAGAGAUACAUUUUUGAGGGAAAAGGUUCUAAUCUCUAUAUUGAUACUGUAAAUUUUUACCCAAGUGACGGAGCAAUUAUUUACCUCCAGUCUGAAUAUUGCACAGCCAAAAUGAUUUCGUGCACAGUCGAGAAGGAUGGAAUGAUUUUUGGGUUUAAAAACACCAUAAAAUCAUUGGAUAAUCCUCACAAUGUGCUAAAGAGGAAUUGCUAUUUUUCAUGCACCUUUGAGGACUCAUCAACCCUUCUUGUCUACUUGAGAAAUCAAUCGGACUCAACGAGCACCGAGGUUGAUUAUAGUUGCACCAAUGGACUUCAUGUGAGGCUGACACAAGAUGGAGCCAUUCAUCAAUUCUAUCCUGCUCAACAAUAUUCAAAGAAGAAAAUUUUUGGAUCCGGGUUUAAGGGCCUUUACCAAAACGAAACUAACAAAAUGAGCAUUAGUUUGAAUUCUGUAGAUGAAAUAAUUCAAGUGUGGGAUUCUGCAACGAACUCAGUAACUCAACAAUUAGUACGAGAGCAAUCAGUAACAGUCACAAAAACAGGUGUUGUGAUUCGUAGAUUUGAAAAUGACAUUUCUCAAGUAAUUUUCCCCAAUAGCGAGGUCCACCAUUUCAACGCACAAGGAGCUUGUUUGAAGACUUCACCAACUGGUGAACGAUGUGUAGAGUUACCCGAUGGAACAAUCGUAUCUCUUCCUCCAAUCAAGUACGCCAAGAAUUUUGAUGCAUGGAAAGAAGCAGAAGUGCAUGUUCGAGAGGAUUUAGUGAUGAAAGUUGUCUUUAAUGACGGGUCCCAGUUCGUACAAUAUUCAGAUGGUAUUCGAGUGUGGAGAUGUCCUGUUGUUCAUGGGAAAUUGUUUGUUUCAGAGGACGAGGAUGAGGAUGAGUUUAUGCAUGUUAAUGAUUUUUACACUCUCAUCGAGAGAAGCGGCUUUGCCACUGUAAAGAUCAUCAAAGAUCAAAUGUUUUACGAGCUACCAGAUCAAGCAUUAUUCACAUACUCCUCACAAAAGUUGUAUACAUUCUCAAAGGACGGUCACAUUAUUUCUGUAGAUUUGGAAAAGAAUUUUGUAGAUAUUGAGCCAUCUAGUUUAUCCUUUACGUCCAUUAAUAAGGAGAGAUUCCAAAAGAAAUCAUCAAAAUAUUAUUAUGGAAUGUACUCCUUUGACUAUUUCAAUGGAGGAAUGAAAACCAUCGAUAUUUUGGGCCAUGAAUUUGUUGUUACAGGUACAGGUAGAUCAAUGAUUAAAUUCUUCAAUGAGAAUGAAAAGUCAAGCAAAGACAUCCAUGAAGAUAGGAUGCUCAUUGAAGAAAGAAAGGCCAGCAGAGCUUGCACUCCUCGAACACCAAGUCGACCUGCCACGUCAAGCCAGAACAACGAAGAUACAGGAGCUGUUGCAACGAGCCAUUCAACAAGUCCUCAUGGAUCAAACUCGUUGGAAGACAAUGGAAAUGUUGAAAAAACGGGAGAAGAAGAGCAACCUCUUCAGCAUGAAGACACUGAAGAAAUUCAGGCUCUCUCACAAUCACUGAUUGCUUACUUUAAAAAGAAUAAGGUUGGUCUCCCUCCAGUCUCGCUCAUUGGUGACCUACCCAAUGAUGACAGUCAUAAGAAUCUUGCUCCUCCACGACUUUUUGAGUUGUCACUCGAUGGACGCUACGCAUUCGAAUAUAUAUCAGAAUCGGUGAUUACCCCGAUAGCGGAGGCAGCCAAAUCCAAUACUGACAAAGUGACCCUAUCUGAGGAUCGAAUUGGAGAGUUUAAGAGUGUAUCAUCUGUUCACAUCUACACCAAGUAUGACCAAGGUACUCGAUAUUUGGAAAGCCCAGAAACUGUUUACUCAAUUCCAAAGGCAGUCAUGCCUCUUGGAAAGUUAAAACAACUGGAUCCAUCGAUUUUCUAUCAUAGACACUUUAAUAGAUACCGACCUCUCACUCAAGAUGAAAGAAAUACAUUGAAAGAAAAACUUCAGCGAUGGAAAGAAUGGAGAUCCAAACGAGAGGAUUAUGUCAACGAGACGAUGAGCUACGACCCAGAGAAAGCAGAUACCAGAACAGAACAAUUGAAACAAGAAGAGGAGGCAAUUAAACAAGAGUUGGCAAGAAUAUUUGUGGAAAAGAAGAUAUUCGAUUCUGUAGAGCCGUCUACAAAAUCAAAACAAAACGAUCCGAAAGAAAAAUCCAUAACUGAAGAACCCAUGCAGAGUAAGGACGGAGUUCCAAAAUAUUGGGCUGAGCCUGAAGCAUUGGAAACAUGGAAAACACUAGUACUUGGAAUUCCAAAGAAGGAAAAGAAGACAUUGAAAAAUUCUGAAAAGCAUCCAUCAUCAUCAUCAUUAGAAAAUGAAGAGUCUGCAGCAAGAGAUACUGAGCAGAUUUCAGGUGGUAACGAGAACAAUAACGAACAAAAUUCUGCCUUACAACAUAACUCUAGCCAAAAUGCAGCACAAAACACUACAACUUCAAUGAAGGACAAUACUGACGCAGAUGAUGAUGUUAAAUACAAUUAUAAGGACGCCUCGCUCAAUAAUGAAGAGACAGAACAAUUCGAAGUCGUUCACACAAGAGGAGCCAACGCGUAUGACCCAAGCUUUUACGAUGUGAAAAAUGUUAGCAAAUCAGUCUGGUUCAAAAAAUCAUUUGUCAAAACAGCGACAGCGAUCCCUAAUCAUGAUUACAAGUCUUUGCAUGACUCAUCCAAGAUUAAGGUCAAAACGUCCUCCAUGGUGAAGAAAACAACCGUGCCUCCACUAGAAAGCACAUCAACAUUGAAUUCACCCUCGUUCCAUUCCAGAAAUGAACUUGCAAAUUCUUCGAGGGAUUCCGCUCUUCUUUCGCCGCCAACAUCUACAGGGGUGCUCUCGCAUGGAUUGAGCAAUAUUCAAAUUUUCCCUAGUACCUGUAAUUUUGGUUAUCUCGUUGUUGGUGAUGUCUACAGAAUGAGUGUGCAGAUGAUUAAUAGCGGACAUGUGACUGGAAGAUUCCAAAUUGAUUAUCAAAAUCGAAGUCAAUGGUUCGCAGCUAUGGACGGAAAUUCUUCAGAUUCUCUGAACAGUACUUUGAGAAUUUAUUGUGACAAGGGACCAAUUGCACCUGGAAUUAAUCGAAAGAUUGAUUUUGAGGUUCAUGCCAUUCGACCUCAAAAAAUUCAAUACGAUGUGCAAAUUCGAACGGAGGAGAGUAUUAUUACCAUUCCUGUAACAGCCACCAUUCUGUCACAACAAGAAUUUGCGGACAAUCAAUACAGAAUUUCGUCACGAGUGAAGAUUGCUAAAAGCAGGCCAACAUUAUACAAGAUUGAAUUUUAA